ACCAGAGACAAGUCAUCACCAUACUUACCCUCUCACCCUCUCACUCUCCACUCUAUUCUUUUCUCCACCCCACUCGUAGUGGAAUAUUUAUACCUCAUAACCAACAAACCUAAUCCUCUCAUCCUCCUCCUCAUCCUUCUAUUUUCUUCUUUGAGGUCUCUCUGAUCUCAAACCACCUUCUAAAAAUGGAAAGAGUUCGAAGAUUCUCACUUCUUGGUCUCAUUUCGUUCCUAGUCAUGAUCUCCACUCCAACUGUGUCGUCGUCGCGAGCUUCUAAGCCGGAGACAACCUCAAAGGACCAGAUCGAAUGCACAAUGUGCGCCGCAUGCGAAAACCCAUGCUACCAAGUCCCGUCGCCGCCGCCACCUUCGCCUCCUCCACCGUCAAAGCCUCCACCAUCUUCCUCAUCCUCACCCAUCUGCCCACCUCCUCCGGCACAACCUAGCUCCGGCACCACCUACAACUCUCCCCCGCCGCCUUCCCAGCCCAUUUACACUUACUACCCGCCGCCGGCCGGAGGAGGUGGAGGAGGUGCGUUUUAUCCUCCGCCGAAUGGCCAGAACUACCCGGGGCCGCCGCCGCCGAACCCAAUUGUGCCCUACUUCCCGUUUUACUAUCACACCCCUCCUCCCGGGUCUAUAUCAUCCAGCUCAGUUCAGCUCACUAGCUACUCAAUAAUAAUUUACAGUUUCAUUAGUGUUGCUCUGUUUUCUCGUCUGUUUUGACGGAAAAGGAGAGAGAAAAAUGGUUCAAACUUAAUAAUGAAGUAGCCUCGCAGAUCUACAAAUGUGCAGAGUGAGAGAGAAGAUCCAAAGUGAUGGUGCUGAUGAGUUCUUGAUCUUGCAGAAGAGUGAAGAAGAGGAAACAGAGGACUUUGCAUUUCCGGAAAUGCCCUCGUGCAACAGUGAACAAAAGUUUCUGUGCAGUGUUUACUGGAAAUUUGAGCUUCUUUCCAUUGCAGAAGGAAAGUAAUCUCUAAUCUAUCUCUCUCUCUCUCUCUAAAUUUCUCAGACCUCUGUAUCAUGAUGUAGGGUGUAGGGUUGAACUGUAAUUUUGAUGACAAUGUGUAUCUAUUAAUUGCUAUUUCUUCGUUAAUAUAUAUGAUAUGAUGAUCAAAUUAAUUAAGAAGAAAUUUACUGUACUCGAUCAUUUUUGA